AAUGCACAUUCAUCCUCUCUGCUUGACCAUCUUUGUCUCCUGCACUUGCUUAAGGACUAGAAGACCAGAGCAUAACAGUGCAAUUUGAACUGAAACAAAUGCUAUAAAGGCAUAUGAUAGGAGUUCUGGUUACUUGCAGUAUCCUUUGAGCCACAACAAGAAGGGUAAUGGAAGUGGGUAUGAUUCAUGAGUUCUUUUUGUGGGGGCUUUCAUGGAUUUGUCUGUACAUUGGAUUUGGAUAUCUUCUUAGCAAGAAUAAAAAGCUUCCACCUGGGCCUUCAGGAUGGCCUGUUUUCGGUUGCUUGCCAUUGCUGGGCUCAAUGCCUCAUGUCACUUUGACAGAUCUGUCAAGGAAAUAUGGUCCAAUAGUGUAUCUUAAAAUGGGUACCUCUAAAAUGGUGGUGGCCAACACCCCUGCUGCUGCAAAGGCCUUUCUGAAGACUUUGGAUAUAAAUUUCUCCAACAGGCCUAGGAAUGUAGGGGCUACUUAUUUGGCUUACAACAUGCAGGACAUGGUGUGGGCUCCCUAUGGAGACCGUUGGAAAAUUCUCAGAAAGCUAUGUAACAUCCACAUGUUGGGUGCUAAGGCAUUAGAUGAUUGGCAACAAGUAAGAGAAGUUGAGAUGGGUCACAUGCUUAAAUCUAUCUUUGUCCAAAGUUGCAAGAACCAACCAGUAAAUGUGCCAGACCUACUCAACAUUUGCACAACCAACAUUUUUGGCCAAAUGAUUUUAAGCAAGCGAGUUUUUGAGGACCAAGGAGAUGAGGCCAACCAGUUUAAGGACAAUGUAGUGGAGCUCAUGACUAAAGCGGGGUAUUUUAAUAUAGGUGAUUUUAUACCCUCUAUUGCAUGGAUGGAUUUGCAUAGGAUACAAGGGAGUAUGAAGAAGCUAGCAAAACGGUUCGAUGAUAUGCUAAAUAAGAUGAUCGCAGAACACCAAGCCACUACCAACGGGAGAACAAAUCCAGACUUCUUGGAUAUGCUAAUGUCUAAACAAGAGAAUUUUGAUGGCGAUGGAGUAAGGUUGUCCAAUGAUAAUAUCAAGAGUCUCCUUUUGGACAUGUUCACUGUUGGAACUGACACAUCAAGUAGCGUGAUAGAAUGGACACUUUCUGAGCUUAUCCUAAACCCCAAACUUCUAAAACGUGCCAAGGAUGAAAUGGAUGAUGUUAUUGGUAGAGAUAGGUGUUUGCAAGUAUCAGACAUUCCAAAGCUUCCCUACUUAGUGGCCAUUUGUAAGGAAGGCUUUCGUAAACACCCUUCCACUCCUCUUAGGCUUCCAUGAGUUUCCACAGAGGCUUGCCAAGUUGGUGGCUAUUACAUACCUAAGGGAACACGCCUCACACUCAAUAUCUGGGGUAUUGGAAGAGACCCAGAAAUAUGGGACAACCCGUUGGAAUUUAAUCCUAAUAGGUUUGUGGGUUCCAAAAUUGAUCCACGUGGUAGUGACUUCCAAAUCAUACCCUUUGGUACAGGAAGACGUAUUUGUGCAGACACUAGGAUGUCAAUUGCUAUGGUAGAGUAUAAUUUAGGUUCAUUGAUCCAUGCCUUUGAUUGGGAAUUGCCACUAGGGAAAAAUAGCUUAAACAUGGAGGAAUCUUUUGGGUUAGCACUCCAAAAGAAAGAGCCUCUUGUGGCCAAAGCUACCCCUCGACUUUCCCUCCACCUAUAUUAGAUAUACAUGAGAUUAUACUCUUUAAAGAUAUUCUUAAAUAAGUUGUUGAAUGGA